AUGAUCAUCAUAUCGCCGCACAAUAACCUCCAUGCCCAUGACGGACAUGGAUUUGUCGAGGUGGGGUGUGGACAGAGCCUGGAGAUGAAGAGCCUGCUUUUGACUGUUACACUGUUCGUCCUGGUGACUGUCCUAUGUGCCCAGGAUGACCUGCCUUUCCUCUCAGAAGACAAGAACGUCUCAGGGAUCUGGUACAGGAAAGUCAUAGUGAGUGACCAGAACAUCACAGAGCCGAAGAGCCAUGUGGAAUCAUUCCCUUUUGUGGUGAGAGCCCUGGAAAAGGGAAACAUGGAGGUUACGGUCUUUUUCAUGUUUGAGGAGGAGUGCAAACAGAUUGAAAUCAUGCUGGAGAAGACAAAGAAGCCUGGCCAGUACAGUGCCUUUUGGGGCACGAAUCUCAUGUACAUCUAUGAACUGCCAGUGAUGGACCACUACAUCUUCUACAGUGAAUGCCAUUUUCUUGAGCAGAAAGUUUAUAUAGGAGAGCUCAUAGGGAAGGAUCCCACAGAAAACCAUGAGGCCCUAGAAGAGUUCAAGAAGUUCGCACAACAGAAAGGCUUCCCACCAGAAAACAUCAUUGUGCCUGAGCAGAGAGGAAAACCAAAAUGCUUCUCGCUUCACCUCGGAAUCCUUCCCCUCACAGUGUUCCUCUUGGUCUUCUUUGGCUAUGGGUUCCUGAGCCACAGAAGUCAGAAAUUGAGAGACCCGGGAGCUGUGACUAGGAUGGUCUACGCCCAGCCAAAGGUGCUAACACCCAGUAGAGAAGAUGUUCUUGUCUUGACUCCGUGGCUGGCUCCCAUCAUCUGGGAGGGGACCUUCAACAUCGACAUCCUGAAUGAGCAGUUCAGGCUUCUGAACACCACCAUUGGACUGACCGUGUUUGCCAUCAAAAAGUAUGUGGUGUUCCUGAAACUGUUCCUGGAGACAGCAGAGCAGCACUUCAUGGUGGGACACAAGGUCAUCUACUAUGUCUUCACUGACCGUCCUGCCGAGGUGCCGCAGGUGCCCCUGGGGGCAGGACGGAAGCUGGUGGUGCUGACCGUGCGCAACUACUCCCGCUGGCAGGAUGUGUCCAUGCACAGGAUGGAGAUGAUCAGCCACUUCUCUGAGCUGCGCUUUCUGCAGGAGGUGGAUUACCUGGUGUGUGCAGAUGUGGACAUGAAGUUUCAAGACCACGUGGGUGUGGAGAUUCUCUCAGCACUCUUCGGUACCCUGCAUCCUGGCUUCUACAAAAGCAGCCGAGGGUCCUUUACCUACGAGCGCCGGCCGAAGUCCCGGGCCUACAUUCCCAGGGACGAGGGUGACUUUUACUAUGCAGGGGGCUUCUUUGGGGGAUCAGUGGCAGAGGUGCACCGUCUCACCAAGGCCUGCCAUCAGGCUAUGGUGGAGGACAAGGCCAAUGGCAUCGAGGCCGUGUGGCAUGAUGAGAGUCAUCUGAACAAGUUCCUGCUGUACCACAAGCCUACAAAGGUGCUGUCCCCAGAGUAUGUGUGGGAUCAGAAGUUGCUGGGCUGGCCCUCCAUCAUGAAGAAGCUGAGAUAUGUGGCUGUGCCCAAGAACCAUCAGGCAAUCAGGAACAGAUAGCUGAAUUCCUAUCAGAGAGGCCAGGCUUAUAUCCAGGGUCUCUCCAGGCUGUGUGGAACUGGGAAGAUUUGAGAGACAUUCAUGAAGUGUUGCCAUCUACCCCACUUCAGGGUCUGGCAGGCCCAGUACCACUUGUUUUACCCUACACUG